AUGUCAGGGCAGAACGACGACUAUGAGAUCGCCGAGACGAAUGCUUCCUUCAAUGGAACAGAUCACGUUUCGCGAUCGAGCUCCGAAGCCCUGCCCGAGGAGCAGAGAGUAUUCGAGCAUAUCCCACCUGAAGAUCGCGAAGAGCUUUCUCGAAUUGCCUCCAACUUUCCUCGACACCGAGCUACCGAUUCCGGGGUCGGGAGUAUGGGCGGAAUCGAACGCAAGGACACACUGGAAGAUGUUGAACUAGGUGAUCCUGUCCUGGACCCGACCAGCGGUCAAUUCAACCACUACAAAUGGGCCCGCAUGGUGCUCAAAAUGAUGGAUAAGCAAGGAGUAUCUAUGCGGAAAUCCACAGGAGUCGUCUUUCAAAAUCUCAACAUAUCCGGCUCCGGUGCUGCCCUCCAGUACCAGAAUAAUGUUGGCUCUGUCCCCCUAGCUCCGUUCCGACCCCAGGAAUACAUCUCCUUAGGGAAAUGUGUACCUCAGAAGCAGAUUCUACGAAACUUCGAUGGUGUUCUUCAAAGCGGCGAGCUUCUGAUUGUCCUUGGACGUCCUGGUAGCGGGUGCUCGACCUUUCUCAAGUCUUUGUCCGGGCAAUUGCACGGGUUGAAAGUUGGGGAAAGUUCCGAUGUCCAGUACAACGGCAUUCCCAUGGAGACGAUGCAUAAGGAGUUUAAAGGUGAAGUUCUUUACAACCAAGAGGUCGAUCGCCAUUUCCCUCAUCUUACUGUCGGACAAACUCUCGAAUUUGCUGCCGCUGCCAGGACACCCGAGCACCGGCUUCAAGGAAUCAGCCGCGCAGCUUAUGCCAAGCAUAUUACUCAGGUAGCCAUGGCCGUGUUGGGACUGAGCCAUACUUAUAAUACCAAAGGUGAGAUGAACUUCUCAAUGUCUACGAUUCUUUCGCUCAUAAUUAUUCCAGUUGGUGAUGACUACAUUCGAGGUGUUUCGGGAGGCGAACGAAAGCGAGUCAGUAUUGCCGAAAUGGCUUUGGCGGGAGCUCCUGUUGGUGCGUGGGAUAAUAGUACACGAGGGUUGGAUUCAGCCAGCGCAUUGGAAUUCGCCAAAUCUCUACGGGUUUCUGCAAACCUCACCGGGAGUUGCCACGCUGUUGCAAUUUACCAGGCAUCUCAAGCGAUCUACGAUGUUUUCAACAAGGUGAUUGUGCUUUAUGAAGGUCGACAGAUCUUUUUCGGGCCAUGUAAUAAAGCCAAAGAGUACUUCGUCGAGAUGGGAUGGGACUGCCCUCCUCGUCAAACAGUCGGAGAUUUUUUGACAUCGGUGACAAAUCCACAAGAACGAAAAGCUCGCGAAGGGAUGGAAAAUCAAGUUCCACGUACCCCCGACGAUUUUGAACAAUAUUGGAAGAAAAGCCCUCACUAUCAACGGCUCAAGAAAGAGAUUUUAGAGUAUUGCGAAGAGUAUCCUGUUGGCGGAGAAGCUGAAAAGGACUUUGGUGCCACAAAAAGAUUACGACAAGCAAAGCAUGUGCGACCAAAAAGCCCAUAUGUUAUCUCUAUACCCAUGCAGGUCAAACUCUGCGUGAAACGAGCUUAUCAACGCAUCUGGAAUGACAAGCCGUCUACGUUGACCACCGUCAUUGGGCGGAUCUGCAUGUCUCUCAUUAUCGGUUCGAUUUACUUCGGAACCCCAAACGCAACUGCAGGAUUUCAAAGCAAAGGAGCUGCGCUUUUCUUCGCCGUCCUCAUGAACGCCUUGAUCAGUAUCACUGAGAUCAACUCGCUCUAUGAUCAACGCCCUAUCAUCGAGAAGCAAGCUUCUUAUGCUUUUGUUCAUCCUUUUACUGAAGCUCUCGGAGGAAUAGUGGCAGAUAUGCCUGUUAAGUUUGUGUCUGCCAUUGUGUUCAACAUCAUCUUCUAUUUCUUGGCCGGCUUGCGAUAUGAGCCCUCCCAGUUCUUUAUCUUCUUCCUGUUCACCUUCCUCAGCACCCUUGCGAUGUCCGGUAUUUUCCGCACCCUCGCCGCCUCAACAAAAACCCUGGCCCAGGCAAUGUCUAUGGCAGGAGUAAUUGUUCUUGCAAUCGUGAUUUACACAGGUUUUGUUAUCACAGCACCCGAGAUGGCGAAAGUUCCUUGGUUUAGCUGGAUCCGUUGGAUCAAUCCGGUAUUUUACACCUUCGAGGCCCUGGUAGCAAAUGAAUUUCACGGUCGUGAAUUCGAGUGCUCACAGUUCAUCCCUGGGUAUCCAAGCUUGUCUGGAGAUUCUUUCAUUUGUUCCGUUCGUGGCGCUGUUGCCGGAGAAAGAACUGUCUCUGGAGACGCUUAUAUUCAAACUCAAUAUUCCUACUCAUACGCACAUGAGUGGAGAAAUCUGGGUAUUCUUAUCGGUUUUUGGAUAUUCUUCAUUUCGUUGUAUCUUAUCGCCUCCGAACUCAACUCCUCGACAUCCUCGACAGCCGAAUUCCUUGUCUUCCGUCGUGGCCAUGUCCCGGCCCAUCUACGCAAUUUGGAAAAGGGCCAGGGUGAUACCGGUGCAGGGGAGGCAGCUCCAAAGCCCAAAGAGAAAGAGAGGGAUACUUCUGCUAUUCCAUCACAGCAUGACAUCUUCACGUGGAGGAACGUAUGCUAUGAUAUACCAGUGAAAGGUGGCGAGCGCCGACUUCUCGACAAUGUCUCCGGUUGGGUAAAGCCUGGGACACUCACAGCGUUGAUGGGCGUUUCCGGUGCUGGAAAGACCACACUGCUUGACGUUCUAGCUAAGCGUGUCUCCAUUGGGGUUGUUACUGGCGAUAUGCUUGUGAACGGUAAACCUCUAGACUCUAGUUUUCAGAGAAAGACAGGCUACGUCCAGCAACAAGACCUCCAUCUACCCACUACAACAGUACGGGAGGCCUUGAGAUUCAGUGCAGUUCUGCGUCAGCCCAAGGCAGUACCGAGGAAAGAAAAGUAUCACUACGUUGAGGAUGUUAUUGAGAUGCUUGGCAUGCAGGACUUUGCCGAUGCAAUCGUGGGCACUCCUGGCGAGGGAUUGAACGUGGAACAGAGGAAGCUCCUUACUAUCGGUGUUGAACUAGCAGCGAAACCUGCGCUGUUGAUAUUCCUAGACGAACCUACUAGUGGCCUUGAUUCACAAAGUUCAUGGGCAAUCUGCUCCUUCCUGCGGAAGCUCGCAGAGCACGGUCAAGCUGUUCUUUCAACGAUCCAUCAACCCAGCGCUCUUCUCUUCCAACAAUUCGACCGACUAUUAUUUCUGGCAAAGGGAGGAAGGACCGUUUAUUUUGGCGAAAUUGGUGACCAAUCCCGAACUCUUUUGGACUAUUUUGAGAGCAACGGGGCAAGAGCUUGUGAUUCGUCGGAGAAUCCUGCGGAAUAUAUGCUAGAAAUUAUCGGUGCCGGUGCUUCAGGAAAGGCCACCAAGGAUUGGGCUCUAGUUUGGAAUGAAAGCCAGCAAGCCAAGGGUAUUCAAACUGAGAUAGAUCGCAUUCAUGAUGAGCGUGCAUCUGCUGCGAGAAACACGCCAGAGGAGAACCAAGUCGGUGAGUAUGCGAUGCCAUUUACAUCCCAACUCUGGUAUGUGACGCAUCGGUCGUUCCAGGGAUUCUGGCGCGAGCCAUCUUACGUAUGGGCGAAAAUCAUGCUGGCCACUAUGUCCUCUCUCUUCAUUGGAUUCACAUUCUUCAAGCCGGAUAGCUCGCUGCAAGGCUUUCAAGAUGUUAUUUUCAGUGCAUUCAUGCUGACUUCUAUAUUCUCAACUUUGGUUCAACAAAUCAUGCCCAAAUUCGUUGUCCAGCGAUCACUCUACGAAGUUCGCGAAAGGCCUUCAAAAGCAUAUUCUUGGGCCGCCUUUCUCAUUGCCAAUGUCAUUGUUGAGAUCCCAUAUCAAAUUUUCGUUGGUGUGAUUGCCUGGGCCUGCUACUAUUUUCCUAUCUAUGGAGCAAAUCAAGCCCCACAUCGGCAGGGCCUCAUGCUUCUCUUCGUGGUACAAUUCUACAUGUUCACAUCGACUUUUGCUUCAUUUGUGAUCUCAGCACUACCAGACGCCGAAACAGGUGGAACAAUCGCUACGCUUAUGUUCAUCAUGACUCUCACAUUCAACGGUGUCAUGCAACCACCAAGCGCGCUACCUGGUUUCUGGAUUUUCAUGUACCGAGUUUCCCCUCUAACCUACCUAAUCGCCGGUCUCACUUCGACUGGUUUGCACGGUCGGCAGAUCCAUUGCUCGGAUGCUGAGCUGAGCGUCUUCAAUCCACCCACUGGUUUGAGUUGUGGUGAAUACUUGAACCAGUAUGUCACUGCUGCCGGUGGACAGCUUUACAACCCGGAAGCCACGACUAGCUGUCAGUAUUGUCAGCUAUCAAAUGCCGAUCAAUACUUGGCAGCUAGCAAUAUUUUCUACAGCGAACGCUGGCGCAACUUCGGUAUCGGCUGGGCUUACAUCGGCUUCAAUAUCUUUGGUACUGUCAUGAUGUACUACAUGUUCCGCGUCAAGCACUACAAUCCCACGUCUUUGGUUCGGGGAGUUUGCCGGAGUGCUUCCUUCUUAUGCCGCGUGUUCAAGCGGCGGUCUGGAGAGACCCCUAAAGGGAAAGAGGCAGAGAAUGGCCGACUCGUUUAG